GGGGCCUGGGAGGCCGGGGGGCGCUGGUCUCGGGGGUCUCGGGGUCCGGAGGGAGCCUGGACCCAGCCACGUCUUUCCAGGCUGCAGCCUCAGGAGAUGCCUGGGACAAGGAGGCCACCCUCUCAGGGCAGGAGGAAAAGGAGGUGACAGGCGUUGAGACCACCGAAGGGAGCCCAUGGCUAGGAUCAGUUUCUCCUACCUCUGCCCGGCCGCCUGGUACUUCAUUGUGCCCACAGUGAGUCCAUUUCCCCGUCAGCGACUGGCACUCCUGGGACUCUUCUUCAUAGCCUGUCUCCUCUUGCUUAUGUUAAUCGUGGACUUUCGACAUUGGGGCGCUUCAUUACCACGAGACAGGCAGUACGAAAGGUAUUUGGCUCGAGUAGGGGAGCUUGAAGCCACGGACACCGAAGAUCCGAACCUGAACUACGGCCUGGUUGUGGACUGCGGCAGCAGCGGCUCCCGGAUUUUUGUUUACUUCUGGCCAAGACACAAUGGGAACCCCCAUGACUUGCUGGACAUCAAACAGAUGAGAGACCGCAACAGCCAGCCCGUGGUUAAGAAAAUCAAGCCGGGGAUCUCUGCAAUGGCAGACACUCCAGAGCAUGCCAGCGAUUACCUUCGUCCUCUGCUGAGCUUUGCUGCAGCUCAUGUGCCCGUGAAGAAGCACAAGGAGACCCCCCUUUACAUCCUCUGCACUGCAGGCAUGAGGCUGCUCCCCGAGAGGAAGCAGUUGGCUAUCUUGGCUGACCUGGUGAAAGAUUUACCGCUGGAGUUUGACUUCCUCUUUUCGCAAUCUCAGGCAGAAGUGAUCUCCGGGAAGCAGGAAGGGGUCUAUGCGUGGAUUGGAAUCAACUUUGUUUUGGGAAGAUUUGACCAUGAAGAUGAGUCAGAUGCUGAGGCUCCCCAGGAACUGGUGGCAGGACGCAGAAGGACAGUGGGGAUCCUGGACAUGGGAGGGGCCUCUCUCCAGAUUGCUUACGAAGUUCCUACCUCAGCCUCUGUCCUUCCUGCACAACAGGAGGAAGCUGCCAAGAUCCUGCUGGCCGAGUUCAACCUGGGCUGUGACGUGCAACACACGGAGCACGUGUACAGGGUUUAUGUCACCACCUUCCUGGGUUUUGGGGGCAACUUUGCCCGACAGCGCUACGAAGACCUUGUGCUGAAUGAAACGCUUAACAAAAACAGAUUGCUGGGCCAGAAGACAGGCCUGACGCCCGACAACCCCUUUCUGGAUCCCUGCCUGCCUGUGGGGCUCACGGACGUGGUGGAGAGGAGCCGCCAGGCCCUGCACGUGCGGGGCCGGGGCGACUGGGCCAGCUGUGGGGCCCUGCUGAGCCCGCUGCUGGCCCGCUCCAACGCCAGCCAGGCCUCGCUGAACGGCAUCUACCAGUCGCCCAUCGACUUCAACAACAGCGAGUUCUACGGCUUCUCCGAGUUCUUCUACUGCACGGAGGACGUGUUGCGCAUCGGCGGCCGCUACCACGGGCCGACGUUCGCCAAGGCGGCUCAGGAUUACUGCGGCAUGGCGUGGUCGGUGCUAACGCAGAGAUUCAAGAGCGGCCUCUUCUCGUCCCAUGCAGAUGAGCAUCGGCUCAAAUACCAGUGUUUCAAGUCAGCCUGGAUGUACCAAGUCCUCCACGAAGGAUUCCACUUUCCCUAUGACUACCCAAACCUGCGGACAGCCCAGCUGGUGUACGACCGAGAGGUGCAGUGGACGCUGGGAGCCAUUCUGUAUAAAACACGAUUCUUACCUCUCAGGGAUCUCCGGCAGGAAGGAGCCCGGCCGGCCCACGGCAGCUGGCUCCGCCUCUCCUUCGUGUACAACCACUAUCUCUUCUUCGCCUGCAUUCUGGUGGUGCUGCUGGCCAUCGUCCUGUACCUGCUGCGGCUGCGCCGAAUCCACCGCCGGCAGACGCGCGCCUCGGCCUCGCUGGACCUGCUGUGGCUUGAGGAGGUGGUGCCCAGGAUCGGGGUGCAGGUGGGGCCGUGAGGCCGGCCAGGCCCAGGCAGCUCGCCGAGCUCCCCC